AUUUCUUGACGCAGCAACACGCAUGCCACGCAGUCCGUCGCCAAAGGCCGCUGCCGCCGACGACUCGGGCUUCUCACUGCACGUUGUCGCUGCUUUCAUCGCGAGCGUCGCGAUCCUCUUGGCCGCGCAGUUGAUCGCGUUCACGAUUGGGCUCUGCGCCGACCGGUACUUGUUCGUGUCCGCGUUUGGCCUCACAAAUACGGGCCUUCUGGCACUACCUGCCGUGGCCUACGUCGUAUACAAGCGCGUCGUCCGGCGGCUGCGCGCGCGGCGCCACCGCCACCACAUUGUGCAAGCCAAGGGCCGACACAACUUCAGCUAAGAGCGACCACGCGUGACGCGUACGACAAUCGACCAAGAAGCAGAGACAAUACCUAGCAAACCUGCGCGCGUGAGCCCAAACAAAAGAAUGAGGCCGACGACGAACACACGGACCGUCCGCUUCGAGCACGGAGGAGACCCAAGCCCAAUAGACGAGCACGAUAUAUGCAUCAUUUGCCCUCUUCGCGACAGCUUCUUUAGCGCACAUAUGUGCUUGAUUGGGUGCCUCGAGGAGACGACGUGCGACUGCCGCCUUCGCACGAUGAUUUUACAACCCUACAUGUAACUAC